AAGCAAAAAAUUAUGAUAAAUGUAAUACAAUUCUUUCUAAUGAUUAUUUAUAAAAUAAAAAAUUUAUUAUGAAUUUUAUGUUGAUCACCAUUUAUAUUAUUUUAGGUUUUGUUUCUUAGUAGUUACUAUAGUAUGUAAAUAAAAACAAUCAAAUAAAUAAUGCAAUUUAUUUUAUAAAUUGUAUUUUUAAAAGAAGAAUUUUAUAUAGAUUUCAUCAAUUAUGUUAAUAGUAGUAAUUAAUAUAUAAACUGAUACUGAAUAAAGAAAAAGAAAGUAAAUAUGUCUUAUGUAGAACAUGGACCCCGAAUUUUUUUAACUAGUAAACAUAACUCUGGAACACCUUUGAUAUACGGUGAUUAUGUUUUACCGAAGAAACGUUUAGAAGGUCGAUUAAAAUUACAUGAUUCUUGUUCGGAUAUUAGAGCUUGGAGUCCGAAUUCUUUAGAAAAUUCACGUUAUUUUCGUGAACUCAAUGAACAUGAUUCAUCAAUAGGAAAAAUAAUACCAUUUAAUGUAGUCAUUGAUAAUAUUAUUCAACUCAAUUCAGAAACUCAAAAUAAACUUCAAGCAGUUAAAAGAGAACUUAAAAAAUAUAAGAGUCUUAGACUUACUCCUGAACAAGAAGAAGAAUUAAGAAAUUUAAAUUAUAUUUCAAAAGUAAAAUCACAGAAAAACAAUUAUACAACAGGAUUGUUAAAAGAUGCAUUUUUUAAUAUGAGUAAAUCAGGUCCUGUGAUUCAUUCAAAUUCAUAUUUAUCAAUUCAUAUACCUUGUGAGAGAAAUUUACAGAAUAAACAAAAUGCAUCAACUAUAACAAACCAUAAUCAAUUAUAUUCUUUAACAGCAUUUGAUUCAUCUUUGAAAAAUUAUAAUUUAAUAUCAUCAUGUAGAUCUAUUUUGAAAUCAUUUCCUAUUUCAGAAUACAGUGAAAAGACAUCAUCCUGGAUAGAAUAUGUUGAUGUAGCUUUACAAGUAGAAAAAGAAACACGUGAUGUAGAAGUACAAAUCAAUGAUCAAGUUGAUAAAUAUUUAAAUAAAACUAUAACAGUAUCUACAAUGUCACAAACGUCAUUCACAUCCAAAUCUAGUGAUGAGGAUAACAGUGUAGUAGAUCUAGACAAAAGUAGUACGCAAACAAAUAAUCAUGAGGAACAAAGUUUUGAAUGUGAUGCAUCCUGUAGUGAUAGCUCACAAGAUAUUGAAAGUCCAACAGAAUCUGAUACUGAAAUAGGGACAGAAUCUGAUUUUGAUCGACAUAAUAGUAUUCACAAAGGAAUUAUCAUUCAAAAAGAUUCUGAAAUCAUUGUCUUGAAAAAUGAACUUUGUGUAAGAGAUGCUGAAUUAGAAGAAUUACGUGAUAUGAAUAAACAUUUGGAGAUUUUAUUAAAAGAAAAGGAAAGUUUUAUACACACUCAACAAGAGAACCUUAAAAUAUUACAUGAAAAAUUGUUCAAAUUAGAUCAUGAGCGUAAUUAUGAAAUAGAAGAUUUGAAGCAAAAACUCCAUGGUUAUAAAUGCUUAAUGGAACAACUCAAACAAGAUUUAAAUGAGAAAUGUGAAAGUUGUUAUUUAUAUUCUCAAGAAAUUGAAAAGCUUCAAUUAUGUAUUAAAGAAACGAUAACAUUACGAUUAGAAAAAGAGUCACUUUUAAAAAAAGUACAAGACAUGGAAGAAUUAGCAAAAAAUUAUAAUGAAUCUUUAGAACAAUUAAAAAAUGUAUUAAAAGAAAGAGAUGAACUUAAAAAACAAAAUUAUGAGCAGCAUUGUUUAUUAACAGAUCAAGAAGAAAAAUUAAAUCAAUUAUUAAAAGUGAUUAAAGAAUUAUCUAUUAAAUAUAAUGAACAAGUAUAUUAUUUUUAUUAUGUGUAUUAA